AUUGCACCGGCAAGUUCUAUCUACCUGCAGCAAGGUCACGGCUUUCACGUCUAUCAUAGGUAGGGAGGAGUGUUUUUAAUGGAGUCCCCGCCUCAAGGAGCAAAACUGCCGUGACCGGCCGAACCCCAAGACUUAAAUGACAGCCAACUAUCUCAGAAGCGUGUCCAUCAGUGGCAUAUCCAGACGUACACAUCAUCAAGAGAUGAUCCUUGCCAUGCAGAGAAAGGAAAAUGAGACGUUUUGAAGUGAAUGAUGUGGUAGAAAUGUUUGGUCACAUCAUCGAGUCGUGGUUCAUACCCUCGGGGAAGAACGCCGCCGCAUUCAGUGUGACUCUCUUCCGGCUCUUCACAGCUCGUCCCAAAAUUGAUACAACUUGCUGCAAUACUGAGCCCGAUGUACUCGGUAAGCGUGAAAUGAUGAAGCGGGAACUCAUGCCAGCAACAUAUGGGAAAUCUUCUACGAUUUUUACCCUGAUAAAGCUUCUCUCAACCCUCUUAUUGGAUCAGUAUCAAAAACUUGCAGACCUAGCCAAGUCGUCAGAUGAAUGGAAUCAGUCUACGUAUGGCGCCUUCUUGAGGUUCAUUGGUACACUCUUGGAACUACGAGGUUACUGGGAACGCUUUCUUUGA